CUCGAAGCCAUCCUCUGCGGCCCUGAACCAGGCCAGAUCCGCGAGUUGCAUCGGGAGAACGCCCAGCUCGAUGUGGCCUUCGACGCGGUCAGCAACCACAUGUUCAUCAACGAGCACUACCCCAAUCCUCUCAACCGCCGCGUAUCUCUGGACAUCGGCCUGAUCAUCAAAGCCAAGAACGUGCAAUUCAUCAACCUCGAGGGCCUAUCCGACCACUCCCUCGUCCUCACGCUGCGGAUCGGACGCACUGCCUCCGCCGUGAGAGGCAGCAAGAUGAUCGUGAAGGAGAAAGUGCGCGGCUUCUUCGCGAGUCCGCCCUACAUGCGUCUCUUCGAGGAUUUCUACGAGUGUCGCUGGCCCGAGAAAUAUCUCCAGAUCCGCAUGCCCGAGAGACGAUGCAAGCGCUGGAAGACCGUGGCCCUGAUCCUCAAGACGUUCAAGCAGAUCAGCGCUGAGAACUAUUGCCAUAUGGCCGAAAUGAUGAUGACCCCACGUGUUGGAGGCUUGAAUGUGCGCGCGAUCAGGAAGGAGAUCAAAGCGAGGAAGGAAAAGGGGCCGGAUAAGGUCCGCCGCCAGGAUCCUGUCUCAGCGCAGUACAAGGUUGGUGUGAACGACGCGGAAAAGAUUGAGCGUAUCAAUCAGGCAUAUGAGGUCCACCUUAUGGCCUUCAUUCACAGCUCAUCCCCUUUCACCCCACGAGAGUAUAAGGACAGACUCUCCGGAUAG